AUUUUUUUUUUCACAGUGAACUUGACUUGCACAGUCUCCGCUCCGAUCUCUCUGUUUCUUUCGAUCCACCAUGCCUAACUACCACCACCACCUCCACACUCCUCUCCGUUACACUUCGCUAUCGUCUUCCUUUUCAUCUCAAUCGUUCACUUCCAAGAUCCUCCUCCUUCUAACGGUUCUCCCUCUUUCCCUUGCCGCCUUGGCCUUUGUACUACAAUGGCGGGGCGGUGGCGUCACAGAUCCUUCAAACGUCAACGAUCGAUGGGCUCCUCAGGGGUCCCUCCACGAGUUUUUCCCUGGAACGGAAACCACUUCCCCUCUCUCCUCGAAAUCGACCUCAUCGGAUUGUUCUAGUCUAGUCCGUAGCGGUUCGGCUUCAUUCCCGCAUCACGAUUGGAAGCUCGAUUUCGGGACCAAUUUGAGGCCCAAGAUAUGUUUCACAACAAGUACAUCAGCUGGCCUGGACCAAAUAUUACCUUGGAUGUUUUAUCACAAGGUUCUUGGAGUGACGACCUUUUUCCUCUUUGUGGAAGGACAAGCUGCAACUCCUAAUGUCUCUAAAGUUCUGGAAUCUAUUCCUGGAGUUAAGGUGAUAUAUAGAACAAGAGAGCUGGAAGAGCAACAAGCUAAAAGUCGUAUCUGGAAUGAGACAUGGCUAUCAAGUUUCUUUUACAAACCAUGCAAUUAUGAGCUAUUUGUGAAGCAAUCUCUCAACAUGGAGAUGGCUAUCAUCAUGGCAAGGGAUGCAGGCAUGGAUUGGAUACUUCAUGUUGAUACAGAUGAGUUAAUACACCCUGCUGGUGCUCGUGAGUAUUCUUUGAGGCAAUUGCUGCUUGAUGUGCCAGAGAAUGUGGAUAUGGUUGUAUUUCCAAACUAUGAAAGCAGUGUCGAACGAGAUGAUAUCAAGGAUCCCUUUGGAGAGGUAUCAAUGUUCAAGAGAAACUACGACCAUCUACCAAAAGAUACAUAUUUUGGCAUGUACAAAGAAGCUACCCGUGGCAAUCCUAACUAUUUCUUGACUUACGGAAAUGGGAAAUCAGCCGCUAGAAUUCAAGAUCAUCUUCGCCCUAAUGGUGCACACAGAUGGCACAAUUAUAUGAAAUCGCCAAAUGAGGUUAGAUUGGAAGAGGCUGCUGUUCUACACUACACGUAUGCCAAAUUUUCAGACUUGACAUCCAGACGUAAUCGAUGCGGUUGCAAGCCUACAAAGGAGGAUGUUAAAAGGUGUUUUAUGUUGGAAUUUGACAGAUCUGCUUUCAUAAUUGCUUCAACUGCAACCGAGAAGGAAAUGCUAAACUGGUAUCAAGAGCACGUAGUGUGGGCUGACAAGGAUUUAAACAUUAGACUGCUUAGGAAAGGCGUUUUAACUCGCAUAUAUUCUCCUAUGGUCAUAAUACAAGGUUUAAGGGAGUCUGGCGUUUUCAGCUCUGUAAUUGCUUCUGCCCCGAAAACCCUUUCAAAAGACAAUUUCUUAGCAUCUGUAAACGGUAGCAACUCAUCAAGAGCCGUUGCUUCGAAGUCCCUACCUUCAAGAAAGAUGGGCAGAAAUAAUCAGGCAACUACCAGAAAGGUCUUGGAUAUCGAAGUCGUUGCAUCUCCUGAAGUAGCCGUGCCACCAUUAUCUCCGCCAGGCAUUGUUGAAGAUCAGCUCAGCCUCCAAUUGUGAUGAUUAAUAUCCUUGUUUUAUUGCUCUUGCUACUCGUUCUUGUAUCAUAUAUAGUUCCCCACCUGGUCAGAAUUCAUGGGAUGCGAAGAAUCAUCAGCGACUGCAAGAGAGAGAGAGUGCAAGAAGAGCAGGUCAAUGUAGUUUUUUGCUGUCUAUUCGAUUAUUCCCGAUCAUAGCCCAAGCGCAUUUGUAUAUCUGGACGAGUUAUAUACCAUAUCCUGUCUUCAAUACUGGAAAUGUUGGACCUGGAAUUCUCAUGUAUGAACAGCUCUAUUAUCUUUCCAGAUUAUAUGAAACUCUCUUUACAUA